ACAUUGUGCGUUCCAUGUACAUACUUCCGGUCGCUUAACGCUGCGUUCCACAAGUAUCUCUCUAGCGUGAAAUGCGUUCCAAACUGAAACUUCCGUUCCAGUGACAUCCUGGCGGGAAAUUUGAAAAAGGUGCUGCUUUGUGAUUGGCUGCCUGACGAGAUGGCUGGCUCCUCUGGGGCAGAGUUUAUUCGCAUCAGGAGGCGGGACUUGGAGCGACUGACUACUGAAGUGAUGCAGAUGAAGGAUUUCCUGCCCAAGAUCUUAAACCCGGACUUGGUGGAGACAGUGCAAAGACUUGAGCAGGCGGAGAAUGCUCUGGAGAAGAAGAACUUGGACUGUGAUCACCUUAUGGCUCGGCUCGAGGUUGUUCAGAGUGAAUGUGUGAGGGAACGACAGGAGAAGCUGUCUCUUGUUACCCAGGUGAGGUCUCUUCGGGAGCAGUCUAUGCAGCAGUCUGAAUACUGUUCUCACAUGGGAGCUGCAGCUUGUACUUUGCUCUGGGGGGUCUCACACAAGGAGGAGGCAGUGCUGAGCAUUCUGGGAGGGAGUAAGGCCACCAUGUUCUUCAGCCUGGCCUCCCAAACCCUCCGCAGCUUUGUACAAUCACUUACCUCUGAGCAGCCGCAGGAUGAGCACAAUGACGAGAGCCAUUUUGUUCUGGGAUUGGCCGGGACAGUUACAAACGUGGCGGCUGUCUCUUGUGGCCGUGAAUUCCUGGUGUCCCGGUGCCAAGACCUUCUCGAGACCUGGAUCCGACUCCUUGGGGAAAUCCAACUGGGAUCCUGCUGCCGACUCAGAGUUCUCAUGCUGAUGUCUCUGUACAAUGUCUCUAUUAACCAGAAGGGUCUCUGUUGGAUGAGUAACAAUCACAAACUCACCUCCCAACUGCCCAGGCUCUUGACUGACCCCGACCCUGAGGUCUGCCUGCACACUCUGCGGCUCUUUCACUCCAUAGUCCUGGAGCCAGAGGUUCUGCUCAGGCUGAAGGAGGAUCUGCAGGGAUCCAUACCACAGAUAAUGGUUCUGUCCAAGAGUCGGAACCGUGAGCUGCAGAGUGUGGCUUGUGAGCUGCUCCAGGAAGUGGAAUCGCUGGAGAAAGACCUAUGACACCAUCCUCAUGCAUGUGAUGUCACACAGCUUUUAGGCCAUAAAUUAGUUUGUGAUGUCACAUCCUCUCUGUGGCACCCUGUGAUGUCACACCUCUUUAUGUGAAGCCAUAGCCUGAGCUGUGAGGUCACACCACUAUAGGUGAAUCAUCUGUUUAAGGCCAUAGCCUAACUCAUGAUGUAACACUGUUGUAUUUGAGAUCAUAACCUAGUUUGUGAUGUCACACCACUGAGUGUGAGGUCACAGCUGUAUUUGGGAUAUGGCACUUUUGAAUGUUUCUGAGAAACAAUGGACAGACAAUGUUGUUCUGUUCAGGUUACAAGAUUAUUGAGAUUACAGGUUUAUUGUUGUUUUCCUGUUUAUAUACAGUUACUAAAUGUGAAUGUGAUUUA